UGCGCUGGACCUCUUCAGUCACACACCAUGAGAGGUCCAUUUUGAAAAGGGUGCACUUUUCCCCCCACGCAACAAGAGCAUCCCUCGGUCGGACGGCGGUGACUCAUUGCGCGCGGGCAGAUAGGGGGGUGCAUUUUUACGCUUCGGUGUGGAAGAUCGAUACAUCUAAUAUCGUGGUGGAAGGCGUGGCUUGGUGUCACCGACAACAGAGCUGCUUUUCCAUAUUCAUUUUUAGGGUUUUGGUUUUGCUUCAUCUCACUGGCACGGACGCACCCCCAAAAGGAGCGAGCGGGACAUACAGCGUCUCUCAAGGGACUCACACAAAGGCCCCAUCUGUUUUCAUCUUUGGAUUACAACAAUAUUUAAAGACUGAAACAGUGAAUCCAGCAUGGGAACCAACCCAAAAAGGACAGUGACAGUCCAGAUGGUGCCUCAGCUGGCUGUGAUAGACACGCUGGGCAAUAAGGAGCCGAAUGCCAACUGGGCGAACGAGCCCAGCCUCCAACUCUCUCAGGUUUGUCCAAAAACAACCCUCACAUCUCCCGAUCACACACAGGAUAACUCAUCUCUGACUGCCGCUCCCGAUAUCACACAAAUCCCCAACACUGCUUCAAAGGGAGGAGAACCAGUCUGCAGCACUGUGUCAGACAAACCAGUACCGACUAAUGGAAACCAGACAAAGACAGAACCUGUGACAGGAGGAGAUCAACAGAUGCAAGACCCGUCUCUAACAAGCCAAAGUGUGGAUGAAGCAGGACGAGACCAGAGGGAUUCAAACGCUAAUAUUAAAAUGAUUAGCCAGGCUGAUAAAAAGGAUAUCUGUAAGGCAGAUACAGCUCUAACAGCCUUAAAGAUCGACAUGCAGAACAAUGAUUGCAGAAUAAAAGGGCCGAGUGCAGCAGAGGAGGAAUGUGCAAAGUUGGCAUCCUCCUCACGAGAAGACAGUAAUAAAAAUGUACCUGCAAGUAAUACAAAUCUCAACAACCCCUGUGAAUUAAGGCAUACAUCAUCUGAACCACAACACGAUAAUAAAGAGAGCAGUACAGCUCCAAAAAAUAAGGACACAGCUGUACCACAAAAACUUCAAGAGCUGGAUCAUAUGUGUAGCAGCUCACAAAGCUCUGUCAGUGCGAAAGAGACUCCCAAAGCUCAACAACGCAUAGAAACUACUGCAGCUUCUCAUUGCUCAACUACACCUCCGUCUAAGAGCAAUGAUGUAGAGGUUAGGUGUACUGAUACGACUUCAAGUUCAUCACAUCCAGAGAAAGACAUGCCACCAGUAAAGAAAGCACAAGUCUCUUCAGAUAAACAACAACCAGCGUCUUCUCAGAAGGACUUAUCCACGCUGGAUGAUCCCAAGGAGACUCCCAAAGCUAAACAAAGCAUAGAAACUACUGCAGCUUCUCAUUGCUCAACUACACCUCAGUCUAAGAGCAAGGAUGCAGAGCUUAGGUGUACUGAUACGACUUCAAGUUCAACACAUCCAGAGAACAUGCCUCCAGAAAAGAAACCUCAUGUCUCCUCAGAUAAACAUCAUCCAGCAUCUUCACAGAAGGACUCCUCCACUCUGCCCCAGGCGUCACAAAUCAUGAAGGCAGAUGCGUCGGAGGAAGCCACCCAGAUCAACACAUCUGUCUCUGAAGGGCAGCAGCAGCUCGGCAAGCUGUUCAAGGAGGCUUCAACGAUGACUUUAUCCCCGUUCCCCACCCCAGUCAAGCAGCUUCAUGAUAUGGAGGUUCAGGCGGUUGCAAACACGUGCAGCAAGGCCGUGUCCACAAGUCCCAGCCUGCUGCCUUUCACUGUGCCUCGCAACGGUGGAGCGGUCCCCAGGGAGGCGGCGCAGAGCCUGGCUGUCGUCUACCAGGCCGACGGGGGUGUGGGAAUACAUCAGAUCAGCAUGAGUCCUCUACCUACUGAUCCAAGGUCAGAGAGACUCACGGUUGAGGCGGAGAUGUGCCCCAACCAAAACGUCGGUGUGGUUUUUCCUUUAGAAACGUUGUCCCAGCAGCAGAACAAAAGGCUCGGAGCAAAGCCUAAAGACUCGGCUCUCUGCAACACACAGCCAGUUUAUCAGAUCAAUAUUGAACACAGCAACCCCAAGGAGCAAGGAGAGACCGGUAACUCCCAGAAUACAACAAGUGUUCAGAAAUCUACAGCAAAAACAGCCACUGCUGAGGCUCCCACUCUUAUAUCAGGAAAAACCCAAGAGACAGCCGGUGCUUCCAAGGCUGGAUCUGCUGACAGUAACAAAGCUGUGCUGUCUCAGGCUGCUGUUAACACCAAGCCAACUCAGGCCCCGCCAACAGCAACAAAAACAGCAUCCAAGCCAGAACCAAGGAAAGUAAAAGCUGCAAGUCCGAAACAGAAGGCUAAAGCUGGCGGUAAAGCCUCGAAGAAGGAGACAAAGUCAAGCAAACAGAAGAUGGAACAAGAGAGGAAGAAAGAAGAGGACGAGCUGAGGGAAAAGGGCAUCCAUGAUGUCGUCUGGGAUGAACAGGGCAUGACCUGGGAGGUCUACGGGGCGUCGGUGGACCCAGAAUCCCUUGGCUUUGCCAUUCAGAGCCACUUGCAGUGCAAAAUCAAGGAGCAAGAGAGGAAACUGGUGGUGCAGACCUCCAUCAGGAAGUCGGACUCUGGUGCGGACUCGCCGGCCCACGGCAAGAAGAACAAAAGGAGGCAGCAGAACAUUUUCAGGUCAAUGCUGCAAAAUGUCAGACGGCCAAACUGCUGCGUGAAUCCCCCUUCCUCCGCCGUCCUCGAGUAGCAAAGCGCCAGAGGUAGCCAAUGUCAAACUCUUCCCUUUUUCCUAGAGGUCAAAAUGUUUGUCCUCCGUCGACAUGAUUGCGAGAUACAAGUGAGAGCAUUAAUGAGGCGACGAGUAAGUAAGUCAGUGAGUAAGUAGAUUGGACUGUUGUAGCAUAAAAAGUCAAACUAUUUGUGAUGUUUGUGAAGAAGGUAGAAAAUAGAAAUAUACUAUGAACAACCCAAGAUUUAUUUUAUAGACAUAGAUAUGAUAAAAAGAGAGAACUUUAACUAACAGAGGCAAUAAUAGAGGAACGCAUGUAAAAAAUAGGAUUGUGUGACCCAAAGUGAAGUGCAGACCUUCACAGGGGAAGGCACUGAGCGCAGGGUAGACAUAUUACUAAAUAUUUGUGCAACUAUAACCAACAUCUCAUUGCAUUUGGUGCAUUUGGUAUAUGUUUUUGAGGUGUUUCUUUGGGGCCCUAUAUUUAUAAGAUUGUUGUAUUUUCCUUUGCACAUUUAUCUUUAGUAAGUGAUUAUGUUGUGCAAAAAAGGGACUGUAUGCAAACAUGCGCUGUUUAAUCUCUUUUCUUCUUUGGUUUUCUAUUAAAACAACACAAAACUAAGUUGAGCUUUGCAUACUCUUCAUUUAGCACCAAUGUCCUGAUUGUUGUCGAGCUUAAAUUAAACUUCAAAAGAAACUAAAACAGAAUAAAAUCAAGAUAAAUCAAGAACAUCAAUAACUGGAGGUGUGUGUGUGUGUGUGUGUGUGUGUGUGUGUG